AUGCUUGUUGCAGUAUGUGUACUACAUGACUUGGUGAUCAUCCCUGUGUAUGUCUUCGACCCGCCAGAGAAUGUUCCGCUGAAAGUCUUGGAAUGGAUGACCCAACUCUUUUGGCAAGCUGAUCUGAUUGUGGGAGGUUUCACAGGCUUCUAUCGACAGGGCACAUUGAUCCUGGAUCUGCGCAAAAGUGCAUGGCAAUAUCUGAUCACUUGGGGUACCUUCGAUUUGGGCCUGGUGAUCAUGGGUUGGCUCUUCAUCUUGUUGGACCUGGUGGAGGAUGAUGAGGGGCAAGCAGAUCUCAUUGCGUGGUCUCGGACUUUGAGGGCCAUUCGCUUCUUGCGCUUUGUGCGAGUUCUGCGAUGGUUGAAACUCCGUGGGGUGACUGAAGCCUUUAAGGAGCUCUUUCACUCAAACAUCGCCUUUUUCUACUACAGCCUCAUCAGUGCUGGCCUGCGGCUCCUGAUUUUGAACCACUUGCUGGCAUGCUGUUGGUGGGGCGUUGCCCUCAUGAAUCCUGAUGAGAAUUGGGCGAGGGAUAGUGGCUUCUGGGACGCUCCUGUGCUAGAUCAAUACUUGACGAGUUUGAAUUGGAGCUUUGCCAUGCUCGGUGUAGGGCUCAGUUCCAUCCGAUCGACGAAUACAUUGGAGAUCGCCUUCUUCGUGAUCGUGGCCUUUCGGUCCCUGAUGACAUAUGCCACCCUGGUGAGUUCCAUCACAAGCUUGACCAGUCAGCUUAGCAAGAUCAAGGAAGAUGAGACCUCGGAGUUUCGAUUGCUGAGAUCCUAUAUGGCCUACAACAACAUCGGGGCAGAGUUGAGCCACAAGAUUUUGCGUUUUUUGCAGCACCAGUACCAUUUGAGACAGGAAGCCAAAUCAGCACAUGCCAAUGUGCCUUUACUGCAGUUGCUGUCUCCAACUUUGAGACGGGAACUGGAGUUUGCGCGGAACUCUGGACCUAUGGAGAAAUUGGAUUUCAUCAAUGAGCUGCUUCCGACCGAUGACCUACAAGUCCUGCAAGUGAUGCAGGAUUUGGCUGUGAAUGCCAUGACAGAUCUGGUGGCUGCCACCAAAGAUGUGAUCUUUCUUUGCGGCCGCACAGCAGACCACGCCUUCUUGAAGAUCAAUGGACCAUUGAGCUACUUCUAUAGCCAGGAGGAUGAGGAGAAACAAUUAGCACUGACUGAGGAGUCCUGGGUUUCUGAAAUUUGUUUAUGGGCCAAUUCGGUAUAUCAAGGUGACUUGGUGGCGGAGGAUGUGUCCAGCUCCUUGGCAGAAAUGCGAAUGGAGAAGACGGCCUUCUUUGGUCUUCUAGUGCUAAACAAUUUUAUACAUACUGUAUUAAUAAAUAAAUAA